AUGAAAAUCCUACUGACUUAUUGCUUGCUGUGUUUCAUUCUGUCACAUGGACAUAGUAAGACGGCCAAGAAAGAGAAAUUGCCUGCUACAAUUCAGAAUUUCAAUUUCACCAAACGCCCGCUCAAUCUCUACAUUCCAGCAAACGGAGUUCAUGUCAAGGUGGAGGAGAAAGAGGGAAAUGGAGCAAAGUAAGUGUUGUUUUGUAAGGUUCCAAGUAAAGACAUAACUAUAAUUCGAAGUGUAUACAGAUAUUUGAUUUCGGCAUUAUAUAUGUAUGUAUAUAACUACAAAUCUUUAGAUAUUUCUUCGCUGAGCCGCCAUUUCUAAUCAAACGUCGUGGAAAUAUCCUUCUGCUCCACGAUUUGAUGGACAACAGCUUCUUCACUGGCCGCCCAAGUAUUAUUCAACAAAUCGCGGCCUCAGGGCAUUGCUGUUACUUUGUCACUUACAGUGAUUACAGUAAAAUCUCCCCGAGCUUCAACAAGACCAACGCCGUUUUACUACUACAAUCUCCCCAUCCCACUCAUAAAUCUGUCGUCGAGAACGUUGUUGACGAAACUCGGCCCGAUGGGAUAAUGGCUGUAAGGCCUGAGUUUCCCGUAAACUUGGACAUACCAACUGUCAUCCUCGACGAAAAGAAUACCGGCUACAUCAACGAAAAUCCCAAGUACCAAGAAAUUGUGAAACCCUCCCUCAACAAUACAGUAAUCAUGCAAGUCUUGGCCAACUUCCUGGAUUUUGUUCAUCCGCGAUGA